AUGGCGCUGACGAAGUUACUUUCACCUCGUACAGUAGUGUUUUUAGCAAUAUUUCUGUGUAUUCUUGUGGAUUUAGGGUACUCUGAAGAUGUCUCCUACACUGUUGAGGGAGCAUCCCUCGAGCCAGUCAUCGCAAUAGAGAGCCACAAUGUGCAGAAGCGAGCAAUAGUUACGAACGACACAAACAGCGAUGCGGGCAUGAUGACCGAUGUGCCAACCAACAAUCCAGUCCCAAAUUCCACCAAUGCUCCGACAACUGAAGCACCGGCCCCACCAACAACGGCAGCACCUGCUGUGACUACAAACGCUCCCUCUGGUGGUGGCAUCUCAAGUGAAUCACCAACACCGUUAACAACAACCAUAGUUGAUGACCACAAAUACUACCAUUCCCAAAUUUUACCCCCGGAGUAUGUAGAUGACCAUUGGGUUGAGCAAAAGGAUGCUGUCAAACACAAAACAUUGUCUGACAACUACAGAGUUGCUGUGAGUGUACAGAUGAGUUUUAAUUUCCGCUUCUAUGGUCACGAGAUAAAUUCAGUAACCAUAGCAACAGGAGGGUUUCUUUACAUGAGUCCUUUUCUUCAUAAAUGGCUGACGGCUACACAGUACAUAGCACCAUUGAUGGGAAACUUUGACACCACGCUCGGCAACACUUCAGAAAUACUUUACAAAGAUUACAAUGACAUGUUUAUUGUGGAAUGGAGUGACAUAUAUUUACAAGACCAGAACCACACACACCCAUUUGUUUUCCAAACACAGCUGUAUCAAAAUGGCACAAUCAAAUUCAUAUAUAAAAAGCUUCCUCUUGCAAUCAGCGAAAUCAACAGAGCUAGCCAUCCUGUAAAGAUUGGUCUGUCGGAUGCAUAUUACAUUGAUUCUUCUGUCAAUGGCACAGCAAGAAAAAACGGGACAGAACAAAAAUAUUCUGAUUAUUCUGAAGGUAAAAACCGAAGAACUAUUUAUGAGUACCACAGAGUUGAAGUGGACACAUCCUUGGUCAGAGAGGGCACAGUUGUUAUCUUACAUCCGAAGAAAACAUGUAACUUACUGAUGGACUGUGAAACAUGUGUCACGGAUGAGCUCGGGUUUGACUGCAAAUGGUGUGGGGAGGUACAGCGAUGCUCUGAUGGUGUGGACUGGAAUAGACAGACCUGGCGUGACAAGGGAUGUACAACAAAGGGCAAUGAUAAUGUCACAUUGUGUAAUGUCGCUGCCAACACUACACAAGUGCCAGCAGUCGUAACCACGGCCAUGCCAACCACAACACUACCACCCUCUGUGCCGCCAGUUGUUACAACCACCUCUGCUCCAUCUGUGCCACCCACAACAUCUGAGCAAAUGGUUACCACGUCAGUGGGAAUUACCAUUGUGACAUCUCCUCCCAAAGUUAACGGGAUAGUUUGUGACAAAACAAGGGUAAUUGAAUCACUGCUUUUAGGUGUGAACUUCACAGAAAAAAUGUCCAUGUGUUUGUCUUUACCCAAGGAAAAUAAGCGCUACUUUGCUUAUCCUACUUAUUUUUCUCUAGGAAUUGUGAUAGCAGUGAUUGUGAUAUUAUUGAUCCUCAUAGGAAGUAUCGGUGGCUGGGUAUUUUAUGCCUACACCCACCCACAGUCCUCUUCUGGCAUGUGGCUCAUGGAGCACCGUCCAAGCCAGAUGAAACAGAAAAUGGCAAAAAUGAAAUUUUGGAAGAAAACAACAUCUUCAGGAGAAAAAUAUGAAAUACGAUCAGAGGCAGAAGCUUAG